AUGUGCAUUUCUUCGCAUAGUUUUUUUGUUGCAGAAAAUGAAGUUUGGAGAGAUUUUUUGUGGACCAAAUCAAACCUUAUCAAAGAAGCAUUUGUGAAAAAUGCUGCAACCGAUAAAACACUGAAAACACAAUAUAUUGCCACUCAUAGUGGUUUGACACGAAUAUAUCCGCAAUUUGCAGCUCGAAAAUGGGUAAUGAAACCAGAAUCAAUUACGGUAGAUCUGUUUGAUCCAAGAUAUCGACCAUGGUAUAUAGCGGCUCAGUCAGCACCCAAAGAUGUGCUCUUCCUCAUUGACAUGUGUCUGACAGUAUCAGUCAAUGAGCUGUCUGCUAGAUGCUGGAGUGGCAGUGUCAAAGGUCAAACAAUACAUCUGAUACGAAUGACCAUUCUACACAUCCUGACAACUCUUGGUCCUAACGACUAUAUGAAUGCAAUUUGGUUUAACACUAAGCGUGAAUUUGCUCUUCAAGGUUGUUCUGAUGGAUUCCUUCCAGCCACAACCAUCAACAAAAGGGUUAGCCGGCCCGUUUCCGUUUUGAGGGAACACUUAGAAAGAUUGGAAGAAAGAGAUCAGGCAAAUCUUUCUCCAGCGUUGAAACUUGGUUUUAAAGUGUUUUCUGAGGGUAAGCUUGAUGUUUCAAGGUUCUGGGACCAAAGUGCUGGAAACACUAGCGGAGGACAUAAGCUAAUAAUGCUGUUUACCGAUUUUGAUGAAGAACCACCGACUGCAGUUUUUGACGACUAUGAUCCAAAGUUGCCAAAUAAUCCUAUUAAAAUAUUUGGCUUUUCGAUGGGUUUCGGAACGGGUCCACUUUCUGUGUUAAACUAUUUGGCAUGUCGAACAAACGGCGGUCAUUUUGUUGUUGAUUCUGUAAGCGAUGUACGGCAUCAAGCGAUCAACUACCUCACCAAACUUUCUGGACUCUUGUUUAGUGCUUUAUUUGAAAAACCAGUUGAGUCUCGCCCAGUCAGCUGGUCAAACUUAAUGAUGGACGUUCAAGGAAGAGGACCUGUAUUAACGCUUUCAAUGCCAAUCUUAAGUCCAGUACGAAACAAUUCCCGAGUUGUUGCUGUUGCUGCAGUUGACAUUGAACUAAAACAGCUGAUCAGAAUGCUUCCAAAUAACGACCAAAUUUAUGCAUUUAUUGUUGAUAAUAAUGGCAUCGUAAUUUACCAUCCAAAGCUUAAACUUCCAAAGACGGAACUGUAUGCGGUAAGACGUAUGGCAUGUCACGACCGACAUUCCAGACAACGUGGAGGCAGUAAGAUACAGUUUACACAAACAGAUGAAACUGUAUUGAAACUGAUGGGCCUGUUUGAUUCUAUUCCAACAUACGAUAUUAAAGAUUUGGAGCCACAUAGCGCAGCUUUAUUCGAAUUUCGAAAAGCAAUGAUUGACAGAAAUUGUACAGAACAACCAGUAUUGGAUGAUAAUCGUGAAUAUUUUUGUUCCGCUGUUGAUGGUACACCACUGGUGGUAGGAUUUGUAAUGUCGAGAAAAAAAACUGCUCUGUUCUUGAAUGUAACAACAAAAAAACCGAGAAAAUUUGAGAGCAAUUUAGUCGGAUAUUUUUUAACCGAUCAGCAUAUUUGUGAUGGUCAACUGAAUGAAUAUGAUGUUGCGGAACGUUUCGAUGCAUUAAUGUCCAGUAAUGUCUGUGAUGAUGAACUGAAUGAAAUAAAUGCAUUAGUUUAUGCAUCAAAAGAGUGGAUUCAUAGUUGGCCAUCACUUAUCUCAAAUAAUUCCUGUGCAGCUAAUCCAAUUCCAGCUGGUUUCGAUCCGUUCUAUUUUAUCCUUUCAUUCAUCUACACUCCCGCCGGGUUUACGUCAUUUUAUCCGAAUUGCAGUAUAAAACUUAUGGAAAGUGCGUUGGAAGAAUUCAAACAUCGAAAUUUUGACAAUUAUCAAGAUGAGAAUAAGCUACAACUGCUACCGACGUUUUCCAAACCGCCUAAUAUUAUUACCUACAAAAAUCUCUACGAUGCUAUUCAUCAAAAACUGCUAGCCACUGUAGGCGUUAUAUGGACCUCAACAUUCCUGACCAGUUACUUUAAGAAUUUGACAGUCAACCUUAAAGCACCAAAUUCAUCCGAUUGGAACGUUUGUUAUGGUUCAAGGCGUUGUCAUAUGGUAACCGAAACUGGGCACAUUGUUGCUGGGUUCAACUCCGAGAAGCAUUUGGCAGAAGCAGAUGUGUUUGUUCUUCACGAACUCGUGAAAAGAUCUUUUGCCAAAAGGUUUAUUAUUUUCUUCAUGCAAUCAUUUAGAUGGACUGAAAUCGACAGUCAGGCACAAUGCCCGCCUCUUCGAUGGAUGGAACUACUGGUGCUUUUUAAAGCAACAAUACAAGAUGUACAAUCGCAACCAGUACCUCUAGAUGACCGUUGUGUCUACUCCGAAACCAAUCACGAUGAGCUAUGCACUGUUGAAUACCCAAAUUAUUGGAUUCAUAUUAAUCAAACACAGUAUUUUUAUGUCAAUACGGGUAAAUGUAUGAGGGACGUUCGGAUUUUUCCGGUACCCGGGGUUUCUCUCUAUCUUUUCGUCAUGCAAAAGCCGUGCGAAAACGAAACUGUCUCUGACACCCUCAAAAAGCAGUACUCUUCGUCUGCCAAAAGAGUACCUGACUGCAAAUCCACUGUCACUUUCUAUCGUAAACGCCGUUCUGAUUUUGAUUACACGCGGUUUGAUCCUAAGGAACCGCAAACUCCAUGCUCAUCUUGCAUAAAAUUAGGUAUAGCUCAUAUACUAGCUGUGAUAUUCUUUAAAACUAUUUUCACAUAUUCUUUUCUAGGUCAGUAAAA